GCCUUCGAUAGCCAGAUCGAUAGCCACCGCCUCCGCCGCUUUGUCGCCAUUUUCCUCGCAUACACAUACAAGUUUACCGUUUAACGCUGCAUCAGCAGAAAAGUUCAGCAAAUUUUCUCAUAUUUCACGUGUUGGCUAGGCGCUGGUUUUUCUCUCAAAAUAAAACGAAGAGCAGUUUCAGAAAUGUCAGAUCUAGACUGGGACGAGCCAGAUCAGGCUCCUAUUUAUAAUAUGCCUAACCGUGAUAAUAGAGGUUUCAAGUACGAGCGCAAUGUGAGACGCGACGAAAACUCGCGUGGUCAGCGCGGCGGCUACGGCGAACGAAAUAGGGACAACCAUGACGAUUAUGGUCAGGGACGCCGCGAUCGCGGUGAUAAUGGUGGCGGUGGGUUUGUAAAAAGCGCAGAGUACGCCCUCUCGGAAGUGAUCAACAUUGGCGCAGACAUGAUUGGUCGCAUCAUUGGUCGCGCGGGCUCCAAUGUAACGCGCAUCCAAACAGAUUUCAAUGUGCGGGUCAACGUGGAUAAAAGCGAUUUAACUGUAAAGAUCUUGGGCAAUAUCCAGCGGAACGUCAGCGAUGCCGCAAAUUACAUUCGAAAUCAGAUAUCAAGCGAUUCUGGCAAUCGCGACAGAGGCUCCCAUGGUCGAGGCGAUGGAGUUGCAUCCAGCUAUGGAGGAGGCGGUGGAGCCAGCCAUGGAGGAGGAGGAGGAUCUAGCUAUGGCGCAGGAGGUGGUUCCAGUUAUGGAGCCCGAGGUAGUUCCAGUUAUGGUGCAGGAGGUAGUUCCAGUUAUGGCGCAGGAGGUAGCUCCAGCUAUGGCGCAGGUGGUGGAAGUGGAUCCGGCUAUGGUCGGUAUCGCAGCGAAGCUAGCAGCCAUGACGAUGCCUCUAAUCAAGAUGGCGACUUGACUGGCUCCAUUGAUUGGGCAGGCCUGAACAAAGCCUCUGAACAAGCUGCAGCAGCGCGUUGGGCCAAACUGCCUCAAUUGACAAAGAACUUUUACAGGGAGGCUCCCGAGGUGGCGAAGCUAAGCGAUGAGGAAGUGCAACGCAUACGAGCGGAGAACAACAAUACGACAGUUUCCCUUGUGUUUGAGCCGAAGGAGGGCGAAGCUGUGCCACCCAUACCGAAUCCAGUAUGGAAAUUCGAGCAAUGCUUUGCCGAAUAUCCCGAUUUGUUGGGCGAAAUCGAGAAGCAGGGCUUCCCCAAGCCCUCGCCCAUUCAGUCGCAGGCGUGGCCCAUUUUGCUGAAGGGUCAUGAUAUGAUUGGCAUUGCCCAGACGGGCACAGGCAAGACGCUGGCCUUCCUGCUGCCCGGCAUGAUACACACCGAAUAUCAAAGCAUUCCCAGGGGUCAGCGUGGCGGCGCCAAUGUCCUCGUGCUGGCGCCCACUCGCGAGUUGGCGCUCCAGAUUGAAAUGGAGGUGAAGAAGUAUUCCUUCCGCGACAUGAGGGCGGUUUGCAUUUAUGGAGGCGGAAGUCGUCGAAAUCAGAUCUCAGAUGUGGAGCGCGGAGCGGAGAUUAUCAUCUGUACUCCCGGGCGUCUCAACGAUUUGGUUCAGGCAAACGUCAUAGACGUGAGCAGCAUCACUUAUCUGGUAUUGGACGAAGCGGAUCGUAUGCUGGACAUGGGUUUCGAGCCACAGAUUCGCAAGGUCUUGAUGGACAUUCGUCCCGAUCGCCAGACCAUUAUGACAUCGGCCACCUGGCCGCCUGGCGUGCGCCGUCUCGCUCAAAGCUACAUGAACAAUCCCAUUCAGGUGUCCGUUGGUUCCCUCGAUCUGGCAGCCACACACUCGGUGAAGCAGGUCAUUGAGCUGCUGGAGGAUGAGUCCGAGAAGUACAGCAUCAUCAAGACCUUUGUCAAGAAUAUGACAAACACCGACAAGAUAAUCGUUUUUUGCGGCCGCAAGGCACGCGCCGACGAUCUGUCCAGUGACUUGACCCUGGACGGAUUCAUGACCCAGUGCAUACAUGGCAGUCGCGAUCAGAGUGACCGCGAACAGGCCAUUGCCGACAUUAAGUCGGGCGUGGUGCGUAUUCUCAUAGCCACCGAUGUGGCAUCUCGUGGCCUGGAUAUCGAGGAUAUUAGUCAUGUGAUCAACUAUGAUUUCCCACGCAACAUCGAGGAGUAUGUUCAUCGUGUGGGACGUACGGGACGCGCUGGGCGUACCGGCACCUCCAUUAGCUUCAUCACACGUUCGGAUUGGGGCAUGGCCCAAGAGCUUAUUAACAUUUUGCAGGAGGCUGACCAGGAAGUGCCAGCGCAGCUUCACAACAUGGCCCGGCGUUUCAAAGCCAUGAAGGAGCGACGUGCUGCAGAAGGUGGCGCCGGAGGUGGACGAGGCGGCUAUGGUGGGGGUGGUGGUCGCAGUGGCGGUGGAGGACGCGGCGGCGGCGGUCGCUUCGAUCGUUUUGAGUUUUGAAUUAACCAAAAUAAGCACAAAAUUUCUAGUUUUAAGCAACACAUUCUGUAAAGCACGCCACUGAGCUGCUGGAAGAAGCUCCUUUGUCAAGAAAAUGACAACGAUCAAAGUGAUGAUCGGUUCAAAUACGUUUUAAAAUUUGGUGUUUCAGCCAAAUCAACUAUUCAAAUUUCGGAGCAGACAAUUCAAUCAACCGAUGAAUAUGCUCUCCCAGCUAAGCAAAAAUCUAGCUUUAAGCGACUACAGCACUUUGAGAAAUGCCUUGAAAUUAAGUUUGAAUGUACUUAAGGCCAAAUUCCUUAUGCCCAGCGGUAUCUUUGUUACCCUUCGAUAUUAAAGUUUCACUAAAAAUUAGAAAA